GACAGUUAAAUUCAGUUAGGAUGGAAAGGGGAGAGAGAAUUAAAUUGAGCAUUAAAUUGUCGAAACCUACAAAUUAAAUGCACACAUGAAAUCCCUCAACAGUUCCCAUCUUCUUCCUUCUCCUUUAAAAUCCCAAAUUUUCUCUGCAAAAUCCGCCAUUGAAAUCCCACCUUCAACCUCCAAUGGCCAACAGCAGCAAGAAGAAGAACCUCAUGAAGUUCCCUUCCAUUUUCAAAUCCAGAGCAGGACAGCCAUGGCAAACCACCGCCACCGCUCUCCAUUCUUCACUCUUCACCAACUCCUCCGAAUCGCUCUCUUCAACUAACUCCACCGCGACGGAGAUGGAGCUGACCGACGGCGAAGAAUCACUCGAGACAGUGAUCCGCGGCGCCAGAUCGGAGAGGCUCUUCUUCGAACCGGACGACACGAGCUCGAUCCUCGAGAAAUCGAAGCCGAUUGAGCCGAUUGAACCCGAAGCGUUGUUGUUAGGGUUUAAAGAGAGCUUGAUUGUGUCGAUGGAGUCGGAGAAUCCGUACGAGGAUUUCCGGAAAUCGAUGGGGGAAAUGGUGGAGAGCCAUGGGGUUAAAGAUUGGGAUGGAUUGGAGGAGCUCUUGGGAUGGUAUUUGAAGGCCAAUUGGAAGAACACCCAUCGCUUCAUUUUUGGGGCUUUUGUGGAUUUACUCAUCGAUGUUCUUCAUGCUUCAUCUUGUUCAUCAUUGAGUUCUAAUUCAGAUUCUAACUACUACACAUGCACCGAAUCUUCUUCUUCUUCUUCUUCUUCUUCUUCUUCUUCUUCUUCUUCUUCUUCUUGUGCAUCGACUCUGAGUUCGCUGGAUCGAUCGUCCAUCCCAAAGAAGCUUGAUGAAGAAGAUGAUGAUCAUAUCACAGAAACCGUGUAGAAUUUCAGAUUUCUUCCUCAGUUUUCUUCUUUUGGGGAUUGUAUGUAUAUAUAUUGUAUUCUAUACAUAGUAUUGUAGUUAAUUAAGCCAAAUUGGAUUGUAAAUGAAACUUGAAAUGUCAACCAAUUAUGUAUAAUAUUAGGUG